CUUCGGCUGGACAGACAGUGGCACCUGAGAACAACCGGGGGACAAUGGCCUCUUCCAAAGCCUUUCUGAUUUUGAGUUUGCUCUGUCACCAAGUCAUAUGUCUGCCAACAUUGCAAGACAUUGAGGUGGAUGUGGACGGAGGAAGAGACUUGGACAUCUUCGACAUCAAUGCAGAAGCCGGACUGGAUCUGAUGGAAGGGGACAUUGUGCUUGAUGAGACACAAGGCAGGAACUCCAUUCUGGGAGAUGAAUACAGGUGGCCAACAACAGUUCCUUACUACCUGGAGGACAGCUUGGAGAUAAAUGCUAAAGGAGUGAUCCUGAAGGCAUUUGAACAGUACCGGUUGAAGACGUGCAUCAACUUCAAACCAUGGGAAGGGGAGCAAAAUUACAUUUCUGUGUUCAAAGGCAGUGGGUGCUUUUCCUCUGUGGGGAACCGCCACGUCGGGAAGCAGAGGCUGUCCAUCGGCAGUAACUGUGACCGCAUCGCCACCAUCGAGCAUGAGUUCCUCCAUGCCCUGGGGUUCUGGCAUGAGCAGUCCAGAGCAGACCGUGACGACUAUGUGACCAUCAUGUGGGACCAGAUCACAGAGGGCAAAGAGCACAACUUCAACACCUAUGACGACACUGUGUCCAGCUCGUUGAACGUGCCCUACGACUACGGCUCCAUGAUGCACUACAGCAAGACCGCCUUCCGGAAGGGCUCCGAGCCCACCAUUGUCACCAAGAUCCCCGAAUUCAUGGACGUGAUUGGACAGCGCAUGGAGUUCAGCGACAGCGACCUGCUAAAGCUCAACCGGCUCUACAACUGCACCACGUCAUCGACGUUCCUGGACACCUGCAGCUUUGAGCUGACCAACAUCUGCGGAAUGGUCCAGGGCCCCGACGAUAACGCCGACUGGAGGAGAAUGACAGCAGUCCCAGGGGGCCCUCACAGCGACUACACAAACAUGGGGAAGUGCAAAGGUGAAGGUUCCUUCAUGCACUUCAGCACUGAGACAGGUAAUAUUGGAGACCGGGCCUACCUGGAGAGCAGGCUGCUGUACCCCAAACGGGGCUCCCAGUGCCUGCAGUUCUACUACUACCACAGCGGGAGCGCGGACGACGGGCUGAGUGUCUGGGUCCGAGAGUACGACCAGGCCAACCCCAAGGGAAAACUGAGGCUCAUCAAGCAGAUCACCGGAAUGCAACAGCACUCAUGGGAGCUUCAUCACGUGACCCUGGAUGUGACCAAGAAGUUCCGGGUGGUGUUCGAGGGCAGGAAAGGAGCCGGGCCGUCCUCGGGCGGGCUCUCCAUCGACGACAUCAACCUCUCCGAGACGGAGUGCCCUCACCACAUGUGGAGGAUCAAAAACUUUGCCAAGCUCCUCGCCACGACUCCCCCCGGAAAGAAGAUCUACAGCCCCCGCUUCCUCUCCAGGGAGGGCUAUACCUUCCAGGUGGGGCUGUACCUCAACGGCACCAGCAGCAGCCCUGGCAAACUGGCCAUCUACUUCUACCUGACGUCAGGGGAGCACGACAACACCCUCAAGUGGCCGUGCCCAUGGAAACAGGCAACCAUGAUGCUGAUGGACCAGAACGCUGACAUCCGCCGCCGAAUGUCCAACCAGAGGAGCAUCACGACCGACCCUGAGAGAUACGAGGUGGAUGCCAAUGGGAACAAGGAAUACUUCUGGGACGACCCCCGGAAAGUGGGCAGCCUCGUCAUCGACGAGGACGGGACUAAAUACUACCGCGGUCCCGGGAGGGGGACGAGCUCAUUCCUGACCCGCAGCAGGGUGAUGAGCAGAGACUUCAUCAAGGGAGACGAGGCCAUCUUCCUCCUCAGUCUGGAAGAUGUGUCCAGACUCCUGGAGACUCAACCCGUGCCGCCAGCAGACCCAUGCAGCACUGUCAGGUGCGAGGGCAGCCGAGUGUGCGUGCGUGACAGAGGUGCGGCCGUAUGCAGGUGUGCGGCAGGUGACGAAAGCUGUCAGAGGAGCAGCGGCUCCUCCCGGGACCCCAGGACAGCUGUAGCAGCAGCGUCCAUGUGCGCACUGGUGGCCAUGACAGUGGUUGCUGUGGUAAGCGUGAUGCACAUGAGGAAAUACAAGAAGAAACUGCAGGAGAUGGGUGGAGGAGUGGUGCUGGAAAAUAAAACAUCAGGAACAACUGAACUGGCAUGUCCGUAAUAUGAUCAUGCUAAAGAAAGACUGCUGCAAUCU